AUUACUCAAUGCCGUAAACUAAAAUUAAAAAUUAAAUUUAUAGGUUGACUUGAAGUGUCAAGUUUGACAGUUCUUUCAGUCCAUUUCGCUCCCAGUGGCAUUACACGCGUUUAGUCGUAACUCAAAUAAACGCAACGAUGUCGGGAGGUUUAGACAUAUUGGCCCUCAAUGAGGAGGAUGUCACCAAGAUGUUGGCUGCCACGACCCACCUUGGGUCUGAAAAUGUCAACUUCCAGAUGGAGACCUACGUGUACAAGCGCCGCGCAGACGGCACCCACGUGAUCAACCUCCGCCGUACGUGGGAGAAGCUGGUGCUUGCUGCCCGCGCCGUGGUCGCUAUUGAGAACCCAGCUGACGUGUUCGUCAUUUCGUCUCGUCCAUUCGGACAGCGUGCCGUCCUCAAAUUCGCGGCUCACACCGGCGCCACACCUAUUGCUGGACGCUUCACCCCUGGUGCUUUCACUAACCAGAUCCAAGCUGCGUUCCGUGAGCCCCGUCUUCUGAUCGUGCUGGACCCCGCCCAGGACCACCAGCCCAUCACUGAGGCAUCCUACGUCAACAUUCCUGUGAUUGCUUUCUGCAACACUGACUCGCCCCUCAGAUUUGUUGACAUCGCCAUCCCAUGCAACACCAAGUCGUCCCACUCCAUCGGUCUGAUGUGGUGGCUGCUGGCCCGCGAGGUUCUGCGCCUGCGCGGAGUCCUGGCGCGCGACCAGCGCUGGGACGUGGUCGUGGACCUGUUCUUCUACCGCGACCCUGAGGAGAGCGAGAAGGAGGAACAGCAGGCUAAGGAACAGGCCGUCGUGGCUGCCAAGCCCGAGGUGCCCGCGCCGGUGCACGAAGACUGGAACGAGACGGUGGAGCAGGUGACCUCGUGGGCUGAGGAAGGCGCGCCCGCCGCCGCCGCCGCCGCGCCUGCCUUCGGCGCGCAGCCCGCUCAAGAAGACUGGGCUACUCAGGUACAAGACGAGUGGGGAACCGCGGCCGCGCCCGCGCCCGCCGCCGCUCCCGCUGCGCCCACGCCAUCGUGGGGAGGCUCCGCCCAAGACUGGACCCAGUCGUAAACAUCGCGUUUACAGUUAAUAUACUUUAAAACCUA